GCCGGGGGCGCCGCCGGGGGCGCCGCUGGCGGCGCCGCGGGCGCGGCGGCCGAAGCCACAGCUUCGCCAGGCCCAGGUGCCGCCCUGCAGCCGACCGCGGGCGGCGUGCCUUGGCAGCCGCGGGUGUACGUCGUGACUGCGACGGGCGCGGGCAGGAUGGACCUCGCGCUCAGCAUUCAGCAGCGCAUGGCGGAGUGGCUGGGCCCCCAGGACGUGCUCUCGCACGUCUGCGAGGAGGGGUGCCUGCAGACCAUGGGAGGGGGCAACCUGAGCAACGUGUUCGAGGUGCCGAACUCGCCAGACGGGCACUACCAGCUGGACACCUGCAAGACGGAGACCAAAAAGAAGUGCUACCCGCUCCGCGUCUCGCAGAUCAAGUUCGUAUACGGCCUCGUGCGCGAGGUCAGACGCCUGAAGGCCUCCGGCGGCGCCAUGCCCAGGUGGUGGCUGGUCAAGGACGACGACACGUACGUCAACAUGGCCAACUUGGUAGAGGCCAUGGAGAGGCGUGCCGCCGGCGUGCUGCCGCAGCCGCCGUGGCGGGCCAACGUGUCUUUCGCGUCCACGGGUUGCGCGCCGCAGGUGUGCGGCGGCGCCGGCUGGGUCCUCAGCGCGGAGCUGGCAGAGCGGCUGUGCCUCGGGCCGCUCGGCGACGCGUGGAUACACGAGGAGAUGAACAUGAUCGUCCACCCUAGAAGAGCGGCUUGGUACGAUCAGUGGCUCCGGUUCAUCCUGCGGUUCAUGAUGACCGUGCCCCCGGAGAAGUACGCAACCGUUAUUCGCCUGGAGGAGAUGAAUGAGUUUGCCCCGGGCAGUGACGGUUGCACACACAAGCGUCCUGAGUGGACGACAUGCUACGAUCUGGGCAAGGUUUGCCGCUGCUCCCGCGCGCUCAAGCCGGCGACCUUCCACCUGAAGGGCGAUUGGCGAAAGGAGCUGGACGUCAUCAUCGGCGCAGGGCUCUGACGCGAGCCCGGCUCGCGCGCGCCUGCUCUUGGUGUGCGGCUUGCGGAGCGGCGCGGGGGGGGGCGCUCUCCCUGGCGGGCAAGCCGUGCACCAAUUGCCACGCUUGCCCAGGAUCGCUUGCGUGUGCAGCCGAAAGGGG